GCAGCGCACUAAUCGAACACCGAUCAGCUUGUCGAAGCAAAGCAAAACCAAAGCGAAGAUGUCGGCGGCGAGUAUCGCCGCGCCCCGGCGAGACGACGACCGGAAACUCUUCGACGACACGAAGCUCGGCGUCAAGGGCCUCUACGACUCCGGCGUCUCGAAGAUCCCGUCCUUCUUCGUCCACGCCGGGAAGUCCACGGCCGACGCCGCCGACCUCGCGAUCCCAACCGUCGACCUCGGAGCCGUCGCCGGCGCCGCCGGCGGAAAUCUCCGGCGGCGCGCGGUGGAGGGGGUCCGGAUCGCGUGCGAGGGCCGGGGCUUGUUCCAGGUGGUGAACCACGGGAUCCCGGAGGGCGUGCUGGAGGAGAUGAUCGGAGGGGUGCGGAGGUUCCACGAGAGCGAGAGCAGGAGGGACUGGUACUCGCGCGACAAGGGGAGGAAGGUGAUGUACUGCUCGAACUCCACUCUGUUCAACGUGGCGGCGGCGGACUGGAGGGAUACUCUGGUCUGCGAGAUGGCUCCGAGCCCGCCGGAGCCUCAAGAGUUGCCGGAAUCGUGUAGGGACAUUGUGAUCGAAUUCUCAGAACAAGUGCACAACUUGGGGCUCACAUUGUUGGAGCUGUUGUCGGAGGCGCUCGGUCUCAAGCCGAGCCACCUGAAGGACAUGCAUUGCGGCGAGGGAUUAGUCCUCUUGUGCCAGUAUUAUCCGCCGUGUCCCGAGCCGGAGCGAGCCAUGGGAUGUAACACUCACAACGACGGUACCUUCCUGACCAUACUCCUGCAGGAUCAUAUGGGUGGCCUUCAGUUCCUUCUAGACGAUCAGUGGGUCAAUGUCCUUCCCCAGAAAGGAGCUUUACUGGUGAACAUUGGAGACCUUAUGCAGCUGAUUUCAAAUGACAAGUUCAAGAGCGCGAGCCACCGGGUGUUGGCUAAAGCCGUCGGCCCGAGAGUCUCGAUCGCGAGCUUCUUCAGGACGAGUUUCGGGAUCAAACAGGCCUCGAAGCUCUACGGACCCAUCGAAGAACUGGUAUCGGAAGAGAACCCGCCGAUAUACCGGGAGACCACAGCGCCAGGUUAUCUGGCAUCCUACCGUGCCAAAGUCUGUGCGGAAAACAGACUCGACACUAUCUCUCCGCUGUCGAGCUUCAGAUUGUGAAACGAUGAGUUGAGGACAGACAGAGAUGCAAGAUGUUUCAAGCCAAGAACUUUGACAAUUGACAUGUACAAGUACAACAUCCUAUGUGUAAAUUUGCUUCUGUAUCUGGUAUUUCCCCACAAGCAUUGAGCAUAAGGUUGACGAUUCGUGUGUUCGUGUCGUAAUGGUAACUUUCAACAAUCUCGAUUUGUCAAGUUUAUGUCUCUCAAAUAGUAUUAAAUCAUGUAACAUAUGAAUUUUUAUAUACAAAGGUAAAGUGCAUUUAGAAGUAA